AUUUAAUAUUAUUUAAUAUUGCACAGAAAUAAAAAUACUAACACUACAUAACCAUUACUCAAAUGACAAUGAUGUUCUUGGGUUGACAGUUACAUUUUCUAAACAAGGUCUCACAAGCACACACAAUGUAAAAAUGUCUUCAGUUAACACACGCCAUCACUUCGGCACUGGCAAAGUAUGUCACAUUGGGCCAGCGGUAAACACAUUCUUUUGAUGUUAAGAGUUUCAGAUUUUUCCACAGCCAUCUUUGCCUUGCAAUGUGACAUCUUGAAUACAAAUGUACAGUGAUGGGUAGCUCUGAUGGAUGUGAAUUAAUACAAGUGUGAACAAUGUGCUAUUCAAAAAACCACACGCAAGUCUUCUUAAAUUACUAAAAUGGCACUUUAUCACCUUUGAAAUAAAGUGUGUUGCACGAGUUGAUUUUUAUUAUACAUGUGGUCACAUAAUAUAUAGUAGGAAAAGAACCCUGGAUUCCUGGCCAAACUCUAGAACUCAAUAUUCAAGGCAUUCAGACAAACCAUACUCUGUCUGGAGCUCAUUUGGCAUAUUUGUAUAAAGCAGAAAAAUGUGAUUUUGGGGGACUGGGCCAAGGUUUGGCUUAAUAAGCCCCCAAAUUCCUUCUAGCAAAAUUUAAUUAGGUUGAGUGAAGGGCAUUUAGAUUUAAAAUGGAGAAUUGUGUAAAACGAAUUGUAGCAAUAGUUAACUUUUAAAAAAGGUUUUUUUUUUUUUUGUUUUUUCUUUUUUUUGAGACAGGGUCUCACUGUGCAGCAUCGGCUGGCCUGGAACUUGUUCUGUUGACCAGGCUGGCCUCAAACUCAGAUAUCCACCUGCCUCUGCCUCCUGAGUGUUGGAUGAGACUAAAGGCAUAUGAUGCCACACCCGAUUUAUGUUUCCCUUCGGAGCCAAGCAUUUUAAGAGUGUCUUCCAUCUCCAUAGGAACAACACUCUCCCUGGAAUCAUUUAUGCUGCUAAUGUUAGGAAUUUCAGUUGGAACAUUUUUAGAGUUAAGGGAGUACAACCCCCGCCCCUACCUACACUCUAUAAUUUGGUAAUUUAAGUUAGAACUCAAUUCUAUCUUUGGCAGCAGAAUCACUUUUUAAAAUGUUUAUUUUUAUUUUAGAUGUAUGAGUGUUUUUGCCUGGAUGCAUGUCUUUGUACCACUUGUGUGCCUGCACCGAGGACAGAAGAGGGUGUUGGAUUCUCUGCAACUGGACUUACAAGUGGAUGUGAGCCACCAUGUAGGUUCUGGGAAGUGGACCCGUGACCACUGCAAGAGCAAGCAGCAAGUACUCUUAAGUGCCGAACUAUCUCUUCAGCCCCAUAGAAUUUUGACUAAUAUUUUAUGUUAUUAAAGAAUUGCAUGUGAUCGGAUACUUUAUAAGUACUGAUGGCUGACCAAGUAGGAAACAAGAGCGUUUUGUCCUUCAAAUCUAUGAAAUACAACUUUGUCUGAAAGACGCAUCUAGAACAGACUGCUAGGGGGCGGAGUUGCUCUCGAAAGGUGGGCAAAGGAACAGUAGCUGAAAGCAAAACGAAAGAGAAGCCUCCAAAUUGGCAAGAAAGAGCACUUGAUGAGUUUGUAGUGUAAGAGCAGGCUGCUGGUGACGGACAGUCACAUUUGGACACUGGGUGUUUCUUAGAAAAACAACUUUGUGAGGAGGGGCCCUAGAAACCAGAGCUCUCCGGAGUUUUGUCACUGUACUGCCCAUUGUCUUUGCAGCCCAAUGUCUUUGACAUUGAGGAUGCAGCAGCCACUCCUUAGACCACAGCCCAGAAAACCAGAGAAAACUAGAAGAUUUCUUUUUGAGGCGUUGCCACGUAAAGACAAACAACUCAAGUUAGUUGCAACUUCUUUCUCCGUGUUGCAAAGAGAUGGGUUCCACAAGAACACCAAAGAGAUCUCCUCUAGGGUCCGAAGGCAGCCAUGGGGGUGGGGUGGGGGUGGGGGAAGGGAGCAAAUUCUGUGGAAUGAAUGUGAAGCAAGGCAGCUUGGGAGACUCCACCUGCUUUAGGAAAGGCACAUGCCCCCGAAUCUCACAUGGGUGAGUGCAGGUGAGGGGCAUACACUUCUGACCCAGAGCUUGGGUUCCCUCUGAUUUAACUCUGUUCUCUGAGCGGAGGCCUCCGCUUAGGUGUCAGAGCACAAAGUCGCCGCUUAAUCCCGCUUGCUCCCUACUAAUUAGGACAUAUUCAAAGCCAAAAGUUGAGCCUGGAGCUUCUUUACCAGUCCUUGGGGCAACAGGAGGUCUCCAGUCCUCCAGCUCAACCAAGCACACCUCCAGGCCGAGAGUCCCAAGGGACUCCGGCCCUUCGUGAGCUCUCCUCACACAACUCCAGUGUUCGAGGGGACCCUCGGGCUCCCCGCGGUGACCAAAGGCCAUUCGGGUCGCAGAAGUCAGUGCCCUGGCUCAGGAAGUUUCCUGCCGGGCUCCUGAUUAGCAGCCAGCAGCUGAGGCGCAGGGCGGGGCGGGUAGCCGCGCCAGUGAGCCAAGGCGAGCACUAUUCCUGUCCCUGUGAGCUACCGGCAUGUAAUGUGCAGCGCGCAAUCACGCUCCCAACCCUCUACGCUGACCUGCGCUCCCCCCAGUGCCACAGGGUUUGAUUUGAUCCUCCUCUCGGAACAAGCUCACCCCCAGCCCCCUAGCCAGUUGUCUUCGGACUGCACGGGUGUCCACAGAACAGGUCCUUCUGCUCCAUGGCCGGGAAUUCAGAGCCACCAUCCUGCACUCCCGGGGCCCCCACAAUAGGGCCACAUCCACGCAUUUGCCCUGCUGGAGAUCAGGUACCCUCGCUGGUGCACUGUCAGAUCGACCUCUUCAGGUGAUGGUGCGCGGCCACCGCCGCCCCUGGCGUGCACGUGUGGGCUCCCCAAAUUGUGUAGGGGAGGGGGCUUUGGGCAACGCGCUGCCCUGCAGCAGCAGCAGCAGCUGAAUGCAAGCCUAGCAAUACCGAGAAGGCUCUGAAACUCACAACUUCUGCUACUAGAGACUUCUGGAAAUUGUCUCUAGAUCAUUCGUUGUUUGAGACGGGCACAGAACAACUGCCAGAUCUGGAUGAAGAAACCCUAAAUUUUAAGCAGAGCAGGCAAAAAAUCGGCCUUUGCUAGGGGGCUCUGCUGCUGGACAGCGGAGGAGGGGGUCGGUGCUGCGGGAUGCCUCCAGCCGCGCCGGGCUGGCUCCAUUCCAGCUUCCCGCCUCGGGCACCAUGAGUUACUUCCUGUCUUACUGCAAAGCUCAUGGUAGCUCUCUUCUCACGGGCUACCAGGCCCUACGUGCUGAAGGCUUCUUGUGCGACGUGAUACUGGAGGUCGAGGGCAGUGAGUUCCCAGCGCACAGGUCACUUCUGGCAUGCUCCAGCGACUACUUUAGGGCCCUGUUCAAGAGUCACAAUAAGGAAUCACAGGCUCAUGUAAUUCACCUGCAUGUGCCAUCAGCGACCGGCCUGCAGCGUCUGCUGGACUUUAUCUACACUGCCUGGCUGCCCCUCUCUAUGGACACUGUGGAGGACACUCUGGAGGCCGCCAGCUACCUGCAAGUCACGGAGGCCUUGGGGCUGUGUGGCCACUACCUGGAACGUCAGCUUGCCCCAGAGAAUUGCUGCUUCACUGCCAAUGUGGCUGCUCGCUUUGGCCUGGCUCACACCCUUGGUGCAGCUGAACGCUGCAUCGUGCGCCACCUGCGGGAGCUGCUACUGAUGGGCGCUGGCCCCUCGGGACUGCUGGAACUCAACCCUAUAUCAAUGAAGGUUGUGCUGGGUGCCCCUGACGUGGCACGGGUGGCUGAGACGCAGCUACUGGGCCUGGCACUAGCCUGGCUGAGGCAGGAGCCUGCGACCCAGCGCUUGGCACACAGUUCAACACUGCUUGGAUGUAUCCGCUUCGGCUUGGUGCCUGCGGGUGUGUUGAGGCGCGUGUACUCAGGCUCUGGUCUUACUUUACCUACUCGGAUCAAGGGCCUCAUCAUCCAGGCCCUCAAUUACCACACGGCACCUUCUCGCCAGCCGCUCCUGCAGGGAGAACAGACUAGUAUCCGGAGUCCCCAGACACGCAUCUUACUGGUUGGUGGUCUUAGAGCGAGGGAGCCUGUUACUGAAGAAAUUGUGGUCCUACCAGAGGUAGGAAGGAAUCGGCGCCCUGCACCUGAACCGGAGGAAGAGGAGGAAGAAGAGGAAGAAGAGAUGAAGGAGGAGGAGUGGGAGCUCACCCAGGAUGUGGUGUCCUUUGACGUGUACAACCACAGCUGGCGCAGCCUGACACGGCUGCCGGCACCGCUGCUAGGCCACAGUGUAUGUGCCAUGGGCAACUUCCUAUUUGUCCUGGGAGGGGAGAGCCUUUCUGGUAGUCCACCUAGCUCCCUGGCAGAUGGCCCAAGGCUUGUCACAGCCUCAGUGCACCGUUAUGACCCGCGCUUCCACGCUUGGACGGAGGUGUCCGCCAUGCGAGAAGCACGGGCCUACUUCUGGUGUGGAGUGGUAGGCGACAAUCUCCUAGCCAUUGGGGGCUUGGGCUCCUGUGGCGAAGCACUGGCCUCAGUGGAGAUGUACGAUCUGCGCAGGGACCGCUGGGUGGCAGCUGGGGAGCUGCCGCGGGCACUGCAUGGCCACGCAGGUGCCGUUGGAGACCAUGGUGUUGUGUACAUCUCUGGGGGCAAGGCUGGGAGAGGUGAAGGAGGCACAAGUAGCCUCCGGGAUAUGUACUCCCUUAGCCCUGGAGAAAGGGCAUGGAGGAAGAGGGCACCCAUGGGCACAGCUCGCUAUGGGCAUUACCUUGCGGUGCUGAGAGGCGCAGUGUUUGCCUUUUUGGGAAGGUACGAGCCCUUCUCUGAGAUUGAACGCUAUGAUCCCAGCACGGACCAGUGGACUCGGUUGCGGUCACUACCCUACGAUCGCUUCUGCUAUGGACUUGCUGUGGUAGAGGAGACAGUGCUACUACUGGGCGGCCUCAAGUGGCGGGAUUCACGCCAGGUGCCAACCCGUAACGUAGUGGGUUAUGACCUUGACCUGGACCGUUGGGAAGACAUAGGCUGUGGGCUGCCCUGGGCUUGGAGUGGCCUUCGGUGUGCAGUGCUGCAGCUGGUGGAGGGUGGGGAGGAGACAAGGGAGGGAGAGCCUGGGGAGGCACUAGAUUUAGUGUUGGGUUGAACAGGUGACUCCGGUCCUCAGAGGACCCAAGAGAAAGCUGUCCUU